GGCAGUUUCCCUGACUCAAUCAUCAUUAUUGCAAAGUCGCAUUACAUUAGACAGAAGAUCAUCAGGCAGAACCCGCGCUUGAUUAAUCGAAAUAGGCGACGCAUAAUUGAUCACGAGACUCCGCGCGCGUUUCGUGUCGCCUACCCAUGCAACUCUAGGUAACAACUCCAGGCAGAAGGCCCAGAUCGCGCGCCUAACAUCAGCUAUUCAGCUCCGGCACGACUAGCGAGCUAAAACACACCGCAACCGAACUCCAUAAGAAUUAGCAGUUGGUAAUGUGUCGGGAUCUAUAUAAUUGCCCGGAUUUCCUUUCGUACAAGUGACUUGGCUUCAAUGUGUUUUGUGUUCCAUAGUACAGUAGUAGUCUCUUGACCUCAAACCACUUCUUCCCUUCCUCACUGAUAUCAGUCUUUCCCACCUCGCAAUCCCUUCUUUUGCCACCACACGAGCACAAACUAAGUAGGACACCUUAGUAAGAGAUAUAAUGGCCACCACACAACUUCCAAAGCUGCCAGUCUCUCACAAUGAGCUGGUAAGCUUCAUCGCAAAGAACUCAUCCACUCGUAUUGAGAACUUGCUGGAGCCAUUCCGCAACUACGAGGCUCAGCUUCGCCAUAUCUACGCACAAGAUCGCAACAAUGCAAUUCUGGACGACCCCUAUCUCAAUGUUCUGCCCCUUUUUACUAAGGACACCUCUGACAUCAGGACCCGUGCCCGUAACCUAGCGGCAGAAUCGAGUGAAGAGAAGGACAAGUACAUUAUGAGCCUUCCGGACGACAAGCGUCGUGCUGACGGUUCUCCGGCCGUUGUGCAGUCGCUGAAAGAAUUCCGUCAUAAUUUUAAUGUCUUCUGCGAAUCCUCGCUGGUAGACUUGGACUGGGAUAACGUCGUUGCUGCCGGCUCAUCAGCGGUCAACUGUCUUCUUCCGGUUCCGGAACGGUAUACGAAAUCCAAGCGAGCUCUCAGGCAAUACUAUCACGAGAAGUUCGCUCCGGCUUCUGACAUCGAUCUCUUCUUGUACGGUCUCAAUGAACAAGAAGCCAUUGAGAAGAUAAGAAAGAUUGAGGCGUCUGUGCGCGACGCCAUUCUCUCCGAGGUCACUGUGGUGCGAACGAAGAACGCUGUGACUAUAUGCAGUCAAUAUCCUACUCGUCACAUCCAGAUUGUACUUCGGGUUUACAAGAAUGUAUCCGAGAUCUUGACUGGGUUCGAUAUUGAUUGUUCAGGUGCUGCUUACGACGGAAAACAAGUUUACUGCACCCCAAGAGCUCUGGCAUCUUAUAUCACUCAGAUCAAUCCCAUUGACCUGAGCCGCAGAAGUCCUUCAUACGAGAACAGAUUGUCCAAGUAUAGCCAUCGAAAUUUUGAAGUCUAUUGGCCAGAAUUGAAUCGAUCGCGGGUUGAUCCAACCAUAUUUGAACGAAGCUUUGGAAGAACUUUAGGACUUGCUCGUCUUCUAGUUCUGGAAAGACUACCGACGACUAACGCCCGCGAGCAGUACUUGAAAAAACGUCGCGAAGAACGUGGCCGCCCUGAUCUCGGUUAUCGUCAUCAGUAUCGACUUCAUGGCAACAUCAAGGACGCUCACGAGGACGAAGUAGCCGAUUGGGUAGACGAGGAAGAGGUUUCGAACUACCACACGUUUACUGUACCUUACGGGGCCAGAUUCAAUGCAAAGAAGAUCGAGAAACUGUGUUAUACUCGAGAUCUUCUUCUUAAUGCGGAGUGGAACCAGCCCAAGGAGCGAGAAGUCUAUCUCCACAGACAUCCGGCCUUUUUCGGACGAGUCCAGGACGUAAUCCAAGAUUGUUGCGGGACUUGCCCAAAACCUGCAACACCUGAUGAAGUUGAGAUCUCUGAGAAGGAGAGCGAGAUAUAUGUCUCUGGCAAUGUCUCCUUCCGCAUUGAUGACCCUGGACGACAGCAAAUCGGAUCCUUCAACCCACUCACAGACGAUGAUUGGACCGAAAUGGCUUAUGUCGGCAAUACCGCACGUCUGUGCCAAGCGAUUGUGGACGAGGAUAUUGAGCACGUGCAAGACUGGCUCUCUCAAGAGGGAGCAGAUCCUAAUCAAAGAGACUACACCGGUCGUACCCCACUGCAUCUUGCAGUAACAAGCUCAACUCCGGCAGUCGUCAAAUGUCUGGUCGACCACGGUGCCAGAUUGAUUGCUAGACUGGCUGACGGCAGGACUGCUCUUCAUCUUGCAGCAGCCCGCGGAAAUGUGGAGGUAGUCAAGAUCCUCCUCGAAAAGAGCGCUACCAAUCAGGAGCAUGAGGAAGAGAAGCAAGACCAACGUCGCAGAGCCCGCGAAGGAGAGUCCAAGGGAGUCGGUAGUGAAGCCAUGGAGACAGAUGAAGAUGAUUCGGGGUCUGAUGUGGAGAUGAUCGAUGACGAUGAAUCCGAAGAUGGCGCUCAGUCAGUUGCAACUGGUUCAUUUGUCAAGAUCACUAAAAAUAAGGAGAAAGCAGAGUCUGGAGAAUCUUUGCCUCUGGACGAUGAUGCAUCAGACCCCGACUUCUACGAUAUUGACGUUGUGGCUUGGGAUUCGCAUUGCAGCGCUUUGCAUUAUGCUAUUCUGGGUGGCCAUACUGAAGUCGUCAAAUUGCUUUCUCAGGAGUUCGCGGCAGAUAUUCUCAAUCCAGUCAAGCUCGGAGAAGCUCGUGUUGCCAUUUUGACACUUGUGCUUGCAUUGGCUUUGCCUGUCGAAAACGCAGUCAAGAUGUCAGAGACGCUGCUUAGCCUCGGCGCAACAUCUUCACAGGCCGAUGUGAAUGGCAUAACCGCUUUCCAUCGUUAUGUACAGAAGGGUAUUCCUCAGACUAUCGAGGCACUUUGGGAAAACGAUAAGUUGGGACUCAAGACAGCGAUCAACCAUGUGGCUGUUAAUGGAAAUAACUGGAAUCCAACUGCGACAAGUCCAUUAAUGACAGCUAUAGACAAUGGAGAUCCUAUCAUGGUGCUUCGACUACUUGAAGCUGGCGCUAAUCCUCAGAUUGACUUCGACUCAUGGCUUAAGGGGGCCAAGUUCUCCAUUGAGCAUGGUCUGAACGAUUACGAGUCAAACCAGAAGAAAUUCAAGUCUUCGACAGAGCAACCUUUGAUCAUUGCGAUCCGAUCAACAGAGCCAGCUAUAGCGCUUGAACUCUUGGAGCACGGCGCCGACCCUAACGUUAUCACCAAGGUCAGCCACAAUGUUAUAGACAACGAAUAUAGGCGCCGAAAUGAAAAGGGAUAUUCUGCUCUGGACGAGGUACGCCAUUGUCUGCGAUCGCUACGCAAAUACACCGGCGAGAAGACGACCUUCAACGUCUCAUAUGAUUAUCUAAGCAGCUACAGGCUCGGACGCAGCCGACAAUACGAGCAAGUCCCAAAGGAGCCUCAAGGCACUGAUGAGUUCCUGCAGAAUUUCAAGGAGGGUACGUACCAGUAUUGGGUUGUCGAGAACGACAUAAAAAAAACCCUGGACAGUUUCAACAAAGAGGUCAAGCAAUUUAACCAGCAGCGUAAGGCUUUAGCUGAGCAAAGCGGUAUUGAGGAGAAGAAAGAAGCCAUUAUUGACUUGAUUAAACAACUUGAAAAGGUCGAGCAUGCACUCGUUGCGAAAGGCGCCCUUACUUUCAAGCAACAAUACCCUGAUAUACAAGAACCUCCAAAGCACAAUGGUGACGCUCAACAACAUGAGCUACCAGUUGCCUACGCGUAUGACUUCAACAUUGUUGGUGCCAAGGAUGUGACUGAGGUCAGAAAAACAGCCUUCAUAGAACUUUUUGAGGCAGCUUGGAAAGGUGAUCUUGAAAAGAUCAAGUCUCUUUCCCUUUCAGCCUGGGGCGCCGAGAAGGCCGAGCCACCACUGAAGAUGGCAGUCUUUGAUUCAGCGCGGAAUUCUCCUUUCUCGCUCGCAUUUUUUCGAGGUCACCUUGAUGUGGCUAGAGCGAUUCUUGAGAUCGUGCAAGCGCAGUGGGCUCCUAAAGAAGAGAAGGCCAAACGUUACAAGAUGGCCGGAGACGAAGAGGACGACUCCGAUGAAGAAUCUCACAGCAACAGCAAUGAUGAUGACCCUCGCAUCUUUGAGGAGAUCGUGGACGAUCAAUUCACAAUUGAUAAUAUUGGUCAGGUGUCUAUGCAAGUUAAGAGUGAUGUCCUUCCCACUCAGUUUUUAAACAUCGACUCUCCAACAUUCGUAAUGCGCAAUGGUAAGGUGGAGGACUCACAAGGCCAGGAGAACUUGAUCUCUUUCUGUUUGCGGCAUAACGACAAGGAACGCCUCAAGUUCCUUAUUGACACAACCAUUCACUUCACGAAUCACAAGCCUGAUUUCGUUGAUGAGGAGAACGAGUCCAGCAAAUUCUACGCUUUCCCUGAACAACAGUUUAGGAACGCUGUCAAACUGGGUCGCACAGAUAUACUGUCAGAGGUCAUCCAGCUAACCGGUGCUGGUAUUCCUCUGGAGCACCUCGUGAAGAAGAGUGGCAUCGAGAUGAAGACUAAGCCCCGAUAUUAUCAAGGUCUCACUGUUUAUGGCAAGAAGAGGUCCGAUUGGGCAAACGCGGGCCGUAAUGUUAUGGUCAAAGCUACCGGAAGCCAGGUCCCUCCUUUACUCACUGCUGCCGUUGAGGGGUCUCUCGCUUCCGUGGAAUGGUUUCUCAGUGAUACACCAAUGAGACAAUACCUGGAGUUUGGCAAAUCCAGAGUAGCAAAGGAAGACCCGCGGCUCAAGCACUUAAUCCAGUCGCCUGGGGGCUUCGAUCGUGCCAUCACGAAGUGGUUAGACCUUCAAAACGAUCUGGUCAUUCACUGCGCGGUGAUGGGACCUCUAGGGGAUACCACUAACCGUCUCAUCCAGUACUUGAUCAAAGUUUGCCCUUCGUCACUGGAAGCUAAAUCAGACCAUGGUUAUACGCCUUUAUUCCUGGCCUGUCUCCUUGGCCGUGUGCAAUUUGCGAAGACGCUCAUUGAUGCUGGCGCCGACCAAUCUGUCAAGGACAGCAAUUACUCAAACGUGCUUCAUGCUUCUGUGAGCAACGGGCCCAAGCUCGGAAAGCUUCGAGAACUCCUAGAUCUCCUGGACCCGAAUCUCAGGUCGCACCUCUUCCUUCAACGCUCUCACCUUACUCACGGUGGCGACACACCCUUGCAUUUCUGGCUGAAGAAUGCAAAUGUCAUUGAUAACUAUCGAGGCUAUCGACAUGGUUGGCCGAACAGCAAAACAUCUGGCGAGAGCGAAGAUAAUGUCGAAAUAUUAAAGCUUCUUCUAGAGUUCUCUGGUGGCGAGGACCUUGGCAUCCUGAACGGCUCGGGUGACACAGUGCUCCACAGCGCCGUGUUCCGUCAGCUGCCCAAGCACAUCAAAGUUAUCCUCGACAAUAAUCCUAAGUUGCUCUACCGCGAGAACUCGGUCGGGCGGACGCCUGCCGAGAUUGCAUACGAUCGGUUCAUCGGCUCGAAGGUCGUCACACCCCCGGACGUCUUCAACAGACCAAACGCCUACGAGCACCGCAACAGCUACGCAACCAAGCAGCCCAGCGAGUUUGUGGACUGGAAGGCCUCAAGCGCCAAACUCUCCAAUAUCGAGCGUGUCUGGGAGGUCGCCCAGGAGUACCUUGGGAGAUUCCCGUCUAAGCGCAGGCUGGUGAGUCUAAACGAGGCCAAUGAUGUAGCGAGGCGGUUGGGCGAGAGCUACUCGUGGCAGCGGUAUUAUUCUCAAAAUAGUCCAACCAAUCAGCAGGAUGGGGGCGAUGGUGAUGAAGAGGAGAAGAAAGAAGAUGAAAAAGAGAGUGAUUUCGUGACAUCCCGAUAUGCAAGUACGAAGGGACGGGCUUGGAAAGAUGAGUAGGAAGCACAGAGUUAAAUUGGCGGGAGAUUUGCCAUAGAAAUUGUGGUUUGUGGCCAACUACAGUUGCGUGAGAUUUCUUUUACUCCACCGUGGUAUUUACUACCCCUGCUCAAUAGGAAUAAUAACAGCACGAACAUAGUCUCAAUUUUUUCUUUAUUUUUCUUCC